UGGUUGUUCAUUGAGAAAUAUACAAGAAUAGUCGAUACAAUAAAUGUAUUGUGGAGAUGCACUUUCCAACCAACUGCCAUCAGCAUGCAUUUCCCAGCCACCAACAAGCAAAGUGACUGGGGUUGAUUGACUCCGCACUGGAGCCCCGAUAAUCGCCUUCGAUAAGCGCAUCCAGCACCUUCCAUCGCUCUUCUGACUCAAGCAUCGCCUCGUCCAACAUGAACUGUCAUUGACUGUCUCAUACGAGCAGUAAUCUUGACUUGUCACUUUCAUCAGACUUGCUUCCUGACCGUCACCGCUAUUGCCAUCCCUUAAAUCUCUCAGUUGCAGGCACAGACGUCAUUGCCGUCGAUCAUCGCAUCGAUCCAGCCAGCAACCCGUUGGAUCAGGUUAUCCUUCUGUUCCUACCACGUAUCAUUCCUCAACAACCCCUCCGGUUCCUGCUCUCUUCAACUUUGCGCAAUGCAGCCUUCGCAGGAGAACCAAAGCAAUCAGCCUGAUCGGCCAGGUACUCCGCCGCGCCCGCCUUACUCGCCCGUGACUCCCGUCUUUGCCCAUCUUGUGCCUGUCACGAACGCCGCCGCGGGGAACGGCGCUCCUCACCCUAUUGUUCCUCCUGCUGCGUCACCUUCGCCAACAACAAGAGUGCCCCCGUAUGGUUCAUCAGCGGACUUUACCCCGCCGGCUGCAGCCCCCGUGUUUGCGCCCGAGCCGGCCGCCGUCCCGAUCUCGGAGAGCGAGAACCCAGAUGCCAUUGCUCUGCGAUCCGCGAUCUCUAUCCUUCAGCUCCAGAAGCAGCAAAGCAUGCGGGAUAUUCAGACGCUAGAAAAGUUCAAGAAGGCCGCAGCAGAGGAUCCAGAAGGGUUCGCCCGCGAACUGGCAGCGGGAAAUCUGUCGGCUAAGGAUACAGGGGCUUUCAUCAACUUCACUCAUGACAAAGACUCGGGGGACGAGGAGGUAGAGAGUCCGAAGAGAGGCGUUUAUUCUGGGCUAGGGACCCUGCCCACGCCGCAGAAUGUUGUCCGCAUGCCUCCCAUCAACUGGAACAAGUACCAGAUCGUGGGCGAACCGUUGGAUAAGAUGCACGAGGAGCAGCGGAGGCGGCCGUCGUCCGGUGAACCCAGACGCGACGAUAGUUCUCAAAGAGCGCCGGAGCAUGUUCUGGCUUCGCCGUAUCGGCCUCUAGUAGACAAACUAGAGAGUCCGGGAAAGGCUAAAGGCACCAACAGAAACAAGAAAACUUGAUAAUCAGUGAUUAUUGGAAAAGCUAGUUACAAGAACCGUCCAGUGAACCGUCAAGCUUUGGUACAUGAGUGGACAUUCAUCUUACUAUGUAAUUCAAAGAGACAGAAUCAGAGGGUA